CCACCUGUACUCUGUAUUCCAAUCAAGUUUCCUGUUUGGUUUCCUGGUUUGAGUAUCUAGGCGUGGUAGACGCCUUUUCCUUUCAGCAGGCCAAUCACCUGCUUUCUCCGGUUCCCUUCCUCUCGGAACCAUGUCGACCAAGCUCUACGUCGGCAACCUGUCGUGGGACACCCGCGCUGAUGACCUGACGAACCUGUUCAGCAAGUUCGGCGCCGUCGAGGAUGCCUUCGUCGCCACCGACCGCGAGACUGGCCGGUCGCGCGGCUUUGGCUUCGUGACUCUCGAGGCCAACGCUGCCAAGAGCGCCUGCUCUGAGUGCGACGGCACCGAGUUCAUGGGCCGCACCAUUCGCGUGAACGAGGCUACUCCCCUGGGCGAGCGCCCACCUGGCGGCCGCGGCGGUGGCCGUGGGUACGGUGGUGGUGGCCGUGGCCGUGGCGGUGACUACGGCGGCGGCCGUGGCGGCUACGGUGGCGGUGGCUACGGUGGCGGCGGCUACGGUGGCGGCCGCGGCGGCGGCGGCUACGGCGGCGGUGGCAGCGGCGGCUACGGCGGCGGCGGUUACGGUGAGGCCAACACAGGCGGCAACGGUGGCGGCGGCUACGGUGCCGGUGGCGGCGGCUACGGUGGCGGCGGCUACUAAGCCCGCGGCUGAAGUCAGCGCACGUCAUGCCGCAGCACGCGGCAUGUUGAGGAGCCAUCAAGGGAGCGUCAGAUUGGUGUAGGGUUAUUGUGCUGGCCGCAGCACCUGCGACAAUGGCGGGCGGACUCAUUGCGCCUUGCCGGAGCAGUCUGCGAGACUUCUAAAGAGGCUUUGCAAGAUCGUUGCCGAGGACGCCGUGUACCGACGGGCGAUUUUCGCGUGCAAGCUUGAGUCAUGAGACAAGGGCACGUUAGCGCGCGCCAGAUGGUGCGUGCGGGCUCGGCGCGUUGGUAGUACAGGUGGCAAGCUUGCACAACUUGUUUGGACGUCCAUCCACCGUAUCAGUUCUACAAACAUAGCGUGGUGUGUUUCGGUCGAACGAAGAAACACAUUAUGUGCUAUGCAUUGUUGUGCCGAUUGCUGUGUGUGUACUGCGCAUGUCUGCAUGACAGAUGCAAAGCGCAAACUGCAGCCGGUGCUUUUGUGGUUCUGUGUAUUGUGUGUUGGUUGAUGAGGAAGUUGAGGGCAACAGGGGCGCAAGUCACUCAGGCCCCGAUGCCGAUUCCGUAUCCUUUCCGGUGGUGGUUAGUGUUGCAUACCGGUGUGUGUGUAGUUUGGUUUUGCGUUGGUUUGCACUUCUCACAUGGUUUCUUCGUGUUUUCCAGUCGAUGUUUGCCUGUAUCCCCUAUCCUCGAGCGCACCCUGGUCUGCACGCCGUAAGCUGGGGCCCGGAAGCCUCUGCUGUGGCGGUGUGCGAGUCUCUUGGUUGCGUGCGGUUCCCGUAAGGCUUCCCGUGGUGGCGCAACACCGCGGCGACGUUUGCGUGGCGCGGGUGUGGUGAGGCUGCUGGAUGGCGCCUCAAACACUGGCGGCGCUUGGUGUUGUACCCUGUGCGCAUCGGAUCCGAGUGUGUAUAUGGCGAAUUACAGAACUAUGCCAUAUGCAACCACGUGCGGUGUACAUACUCUGACCUUCUGCUUCGCAUGAGCGAGAGAGAGGACACUGCCAUGCUACCCCAAUUCAUCGGCUGGAAUUACGAAUACGUGUGGUGUUGCUUGAUGCGUUACUCAAGUCCAAUGGUGUUUCCAGUUCGGGUGCGAGAUACGGGCGGCGCAAGUGGAUUGACCCUUGCGUCUGCAAACGUACGAGCUAUCAGGUACUUGGUCCCCAGUCCGGAACUCAAUUGUCCGCUACGGCUUCAAAAUACUGUCUCCCGGCUCUCUACUAUGGCUGUAAACUUAAAAGCGGA